AUGGAUCUCUCGAAAACACUGAUUCGGACUGUCGCCCGAGCCUUCUACGAGACCCGUCACAUCUUAGUAGUCGAUGCGCUGUUCUUACAUUCAGUUCUUCAUGCUGAAGACCUUGCCUUUUUGAUGGGCAUGCAACUGAAGGAUAUGCGCAAGCUUUGUGCCAGACUUCGCGAGGAUCGCUUGAUCGGAGUGAGCACACGUGCUGAGAUUCGAGAUGGCGCCACUCGCCCAGUCAACCGCGAAUACUAUUACAUCCCUUUACAUCCGGUUGUUGACGCGAUCAAAUACAAAGUCUCGAAGUUGACGGCAGCUAUUAUGGCACAAUACACACCGAGCGAGGAGCGGAAGGAAUACAUAUGUGUGCGAUGCAAAUCAGAAUGGACAGAACUGGACGUACUGAGUCUAGUCAGCGAAGAAGGGUUCGAAUGUCAAAAUUGCGGCGCCAUCCUGGAACGGACGGAAGACGUGAAGGGCGUGGAGGGGAUUGAUCGGACAGGUCACGAGAAAAAUAGUAAACUCAUGUCCCAGCUUGACAACAUGCUCAAGCUGCUGAAGCAAAUCGACUCUGUGGAAAUCCCGCCGAACGACUUCGAAACCGCAUGGGAUCAUAAGGUGGAAGUUAUCCGGAACCAGAACACUCACCCCGUCCGUGCCGCGAUCGCUGUUCCACCUAAAGCCCAAGACAUCACACGACCAAAUGCCAAGACCGACGCAGCCGCGCUGGAGAUCUCUCUCACAUCCAGUGAGGAGAAGAGCGCCGCCGAGGUGGCCGACGAGGCCGCUCGUAAAGCAGCAGUCGAGAAGCAGAAUGCUCUGCCCGUAUGGCACACACAUUCCACGGUCAACGCAGCCCAGAUCGGAACCUCCCAGGUGAAGACAGAAACGGGCACCGCGGUGAAGGCCGAGCUUGCGGACGUGGACCAGAAACCCAGUGUGGAUGCCCUGGACGACAAGGUCGCCGCUUACUACGCGGAAAUGGAACGUGAGAAGGCCCUACAAGCCGAAGCAGAUGCCAGCAGCGCGGAAGAUGACUCAGACGAGGAGGACUUCGAGGAUGUUGAGGGUAUCUCUGGUCCCAGUGGUCCGAGUACACCUGCCGUGGCUGGUGGUCCCACGAGUGUGCCUGCCACGUCUUCUGGUAGCGCCGGUGUCAAGCGUGAACUUGAAUCGACUUCCAGUGCCCCUCAAUCUUCUGUUGGCACGCCGUCUACGCCUGCGGAUGACGGACCCGCGGCUAAGAAGGUCAAGGUUGAGCCUGGUAUCAAACCUGAUCCUGAUGUUGCGGUUGCGGUUGAGGCUGAGGUAAAGAAGGAGGCUGAGGAGUCUGAUGAGGAUGAUGAGGAAUUCGAGGACGUUUAA